UGCUGAUUGGCUGGCUGCGGCGCAGCUUGAUGGCGUCGGGCUGGCGAGCCAAGGGUCUGGUGGUGGCCCCCGGGCGACUGCCGCCUGUGUGAGGGGCUAGCGGCCCGAGCGAGCUGGGUCCUCGGGGAGUGGAAGCGGAAGCACUAGCCCUCCUUACACUUCGCCAUGAGUUUCCUUAUUGACUCCAGCAUCAUGAUUACCUCCCAGAUACUUUUCUUUGGAUUUGGGUGGCUUUUUUUCAUGAGACAACUGUUUAAGGACUAUGAGGUGCGUCAGUAUGUGGUACAGGUGAUCUUCUCUGUGACUUUUGCAUUUUCUUGCACCAUGUUUGAGCUCAUCAUCUUUGAAAUCUUAGGAGUAUUAAAUAGCAGCUCCCGUUAUUUUCACUGGAAAAUGAACCUGUGUGUAAUUCUGUUGAUCCUGGUUUUCAUGGUGCCUUUUUAUAUUGGCUACUUUAUCGUGAGCAACAUCCGACUAUUGCAUAAACAGCGACUACUUUUUUCCUGUCUCUUAUGGUUGACCUUCAUGUAUUUCUUUUGGAAACUAGGAGAUCCAUUUCCUAUUCUCAGCCCAAAACAUGGGAUCUUGUCCAUAGAACAGCUCAUCAGCCGAGUAGGUGUGAUUGGGGUGACUCUCAUGGCUCUUCUUUCCGGAUUUGGUGCUGUCAACUGCCCAUACACUUACAUGUCCUACUUCCUCAGGAAUGUGACUGACACAGAUAUUCUAGCCCUGGAACGGCGACUGCUGCAAACCAUGGAUAUGAUCAUAAGCAAAAAGAAAAGGAUGGCAAUGACACGGAGAACUAUGUUCCAGAAGGGGGAAGUGCAUAACAAACCAUCAGGAUUCUGGGGAAUGAUAAAGAGUGUUACCACUUCGGCACCAGGAAGUGAAAAUCUUACUCUUAUUCAACAGGAAGUGGAUGCUUUGGAAGAACUAAGCAGGCAGCUUUUUCUGGAAACAGCUGAUCUAUAUGCUACCAAGGAGAGAAUAGAAUACUCCAAAACUUUCAAAGGGAAAUAUUUUAAUUUUCUGGGUUACUUUUUCUCUAUUUACUGUGUUUGGAAAAUUUUUAUGGCAACCAUUAAUAUCGUUUUUGACCGAGUUGGGAAAACUGAUCCAGUCACAAGAGGCAUUGAGAUCACUGUGAAUUAUCUGGGGAUCCAAUUUGAUGUGAAGUUCUGGUCCCAACACAUUUCCUUCAUUCUAGUUGGAAUAAUCAUCGUCACAUCAAUCAGAGGAUUGCUGAUCACUCUUACCAAGUUCUUUUAUGCCAUCUCCAGCAGUAAGUCCUCCAAUGUCAUUGUCCUGCUAUUAGCACAGAUAAUGGGCAUGUAUUUCGUCUCCUCGGUGCUACUGAUCCGAAUGAGCAUGCCCUUGGAGUACCGCACCAUAGUCACCGAAGUCCUUGGAGAGCUGCAGUUCAACUUCUAUCACCGUUGGUUUGAUGUGAUCUUCCUGGUCAGUGCUCUUUCCAGCAUACUUUUCCUCUAUUUGGCUCACAAACAGGCACCAGAGAAGCAUAUGGCACCUUGAACUCAUGCCUAUUACAGACUGCUGCAGGCCACUGAUGCCAGAAUUUGGAUAUAAGAGGGGAAAAAUGGAGGGGGGACCAGGACUUAAUAUUUUUUAAACAAUAUGCUGUGGUAGCAUAUCUUACCUCCAGUUUACGCCUUCCUCCUCAGAUGAUACUGUGAUCAUGAGUAGCAUCAGCUGGAAAUGAGAAAGAGGAGUAACUUGAGCUAGUCCUCAGCCAACCUGUUUGGGUCGGAGGCUGGUGCAGCAUGCUGGGUGGUAGGAGUGGAAAAGAGCGGAGAAACUAAAGGGAAAAAAUACACUGGAACUCUAGGGUAAGAGACAUGUCAGGUAGCUGGGCCAGAAACAUAGGGUUUCUGUUUAAGUCAAGGAUCACAUGGAGAAGGUUAUGACUUUCCCUUGAGAUUGAUUAUCAUUAAAAUCAGAGGUUGUAAUA